CGUCGGGCUGUCACGGACUGUCGGGUUGUGACUUUUUCGCCAGCGGGUUGCCGAUCUGUGCCCAUAUCGAUCACCGCACCAACGACGAAUUCCACUAAACUUCUCGUCGCUACGGUCGCUGUUGCGCGCGGGUUGUAAUGUUUAUCCUACGUAACGUCGGACGCGAAAAAUCACGAGAAUCAUCACGGAACAUAUAGAAUCGUGUCACUCCUCCAGUGAGGACGCACGUGAAACGGACUUGAUCAAUCAUUGCGUUUGAUCGACUGUCGGAAAUAAUCCAAGGAUGGUUCUUACUAAGGAGUACCGUAUUUGCAUGCCGCUCACUACGGAAGAGUAUCGCAUCGGUCAGCUAUAUAUGAUUGCCAGACAUAGUCAUGAACAAUCCGACAACGACGAAGGAGUGGAAGUGGUUGAAAAUACCGUCUGUGAGGAUCCUGUUCAUGGACAGGGCCAGUAUACUGAGAAAAGGAUCCAUCUGUCUAGUAAACUCCCUUAUUGGAUCCAAUCCAUCUUACCACGAAUAUUUUAUGUGACGGAAAAAGCAUGGAACUAUUAUCCCUUUACUAUAACAGACUACACUUGUUCCUUUAUGCCAAAGUUCCAUAUAGCGAUAAAUACACGGUAUGAAGACAACAAUGGCUCCACAGAAAAUUGCUUAGCGCUGUCACCCAUGGAAUUGAUCCAUCGAGAAGUCGAUUUUGUAGAUAUUGCAUACGACGAGCUCUCCGCGAAACAUUACAAAGAGGAAGAAGAUCCAAAGUACUUUCAAUCGAAAAGAACAGGCCGUGGCCCCUUGGUUGAAGGUUGGAGGGACACAACACAACCUAUAAUGUGCUCGUAUAAAUUGGUUCAUGCCUCGUUUGAAGUCUGGGGUAUGCAAACGCGAGUGGAAGAUUUCAUACAUAGAUGUAUAAGGGAUAUUCUAGUAUUGGGUCACAGACAAGCUUUUGCCUGGAUUGACGAGUGGUAUGACAUGAACCUGGAAGAUGUACGGCAAUAUGAGCAGAAAAUGCAAACCGAAACAAAUGAAAAGGUUAGACUGAAAAAUCAACUGGAUGAGAAACAGACCGGUACACCGUCCUCAUCUAUGCCAACUACGCCAAAGUCACCCACACAACGAUCGUGGUUUUCCUGGUCGUAGCCACAAUUAGUGCAAUAAUUGAUUUUGAGCUCUGCAGCAGUUUUCUGUCGCUCCGGUUAACGUUAAGAAAGAAAUGAAUGGCAAUCUCUAUUCAUGCUCAUCUUUUAUCUGUCUUAGAGAAUGUACAAAUCAGUCAUGACAUAUUCUUUAAAUGAACUUUAUACUAGUAGUUUAAUUGGUGGUUUUAUUAUAGUAACAACUUACGUAGUUUUCCU